AUGCCUGGAAGGAGGGCUCGUAGGAGCGCCCAGCCGAGCCCCACGCGGGUCCCGGCAGAUCCUGAAGUUGAGUGUGCCAUUCAGUUGAGGAGAAUUGGAGACAAACUGAAUUUCCGGCAGAAACUUGUGAAUCUGAUAUCCAAACUUCUCCGCUCAGGAACUUGA